AUGGGGGAUUUAGAAUUCCUUUCAAAGCUGCUGAAAAAAGUCAAUGACCACUCCACAGCCAUUGGAAAAGUAUGGAUGACCGUCCUAUUUUUGUUCCGAAUCAUGGUUCUGGGUGCCGGGGCAGAAAAAGUGUGGGAGGAUGAACAUUCUAGUUUAGAGUGCAACACACAGCAACCUGGUUGCGAGCAGGUGUGCUACGACUGGCAGUUCCCCAUCUCCCACAUUCGGUUCUGGGUGUUGCAGAUCAUCUUCGUCUCCACGCCAACCCUGAUGUACCUCGGCCACGCCAUGCACAUCAUCUCCAAGGAGCAGCAUAGGCAGACAUCAAAGUACAUCAAGGGCAAAGGCCAUGUGAGAAUCAAGGGCCAGCUCCUGGUCAGCUACCUGGCACAACUCUUCUUCAAGAUCCUCCUGGAGAUCGGCUUCAUUGUGGGCCAGUACUACCUCUACGGCUUCGUCAUGGUGCCCAUGUUCUCCUGCUCCCAGUCGCCCUGCCCCUUCACAGUGCCCUGCUACAUGUCGCGACCCACCGAGAAGACCAUCUUCAUCAUCUUCAUGCUGGGCGUGGCCUGCGUGUCCCUGCUGCUCAGUGUGCUCGAGCUCUUCUACCUCAUCUACUCCAAAAUGCUACGCAGCAGUGGCGGUGACAGCCAGAGUCUAGGCGGCAGCCAGAACAGGGCAACAGAGGAUUCGAGGCGGCUUCAAUGAAACUGAUGUGACCAUCACAGGUCCAUGUGUUUCUGUUAAAUUGCCCUGAAAAGCCACAUAGGAAAUAUUUGCAACAAGACAAUAUCUGGCAAUUUUUACGUGUUCACUUUCAGCAGAAAUGUUAUUUUUUGUCUUGGGCCACAUGAUAUUGAUGAGAUAGUGGGUAUGAGAGUAUAACUGUUGAUCUUGUGUUAACAAAACCUUGUAUUGUUGAUUGUUGCCUGUUGUAAAUCAAAUUGAUCAUGUA